CAAGUGUGGUGAUCUGCAAUGAUGUAAAAAGUAAACAUCCAUGCAGUUUGGAUCCUGGCAGUAGGCAGCUACUGGGGAACUAGUUUGGCCGCUUGAACUGGGUGCCUUCAGUGUGGGCCCAGUUUAUCCGCCCUGUAUCUGACCGAGUUUUUGCUUGGUGCUUUCGUUAGUUUAUUCCCACAGCCUAAAGACAACCCUAAGUGAACUGGAUAACUUGUAACCUUGGGAUAGCAACAGUAAGAUUAAAGAUACGUGAAUUUGAACAUCGCAGCAAGAUGGCCAUUAAAAUAAGUGAAUGCGGGAGAAGGCUGAUCCGUAGGCAGAAUUUGGUAUGUGACGCUGGAGAGAGCCGCCUUGACCGUUGUCUCACCACCCUAGACCUCAUUGCCCUGGGGGUGGGCAGCACUCUUGGUGCAGGGGUCUACGUGUUAGCAGGGGAGGUAGCCAGGGACAAAGCAGGUCCUGCUAUCGUGCUCUGUUUCCUGAUUGCUGCAGUCGCAUCUGUACUUGCAGGACUCUGCUAUGCUGAAUUUGGUGCCCGGGUUCCCACAGCAGGAUCAGCCUACCAGUACAGCUAUGUCACUGUUGGAGAAAUUUGGGCAUUUGUCACCGGCUGGAACCUAAUCCUUUCUUACGUCAUAGGUGCAGCAAGUGUAGCUCGAGCAUGGAGCUCUACCUUUGACAGCCUGAUCGAAAACAGAAUGUCGACUUUCUUUGCACAGCAUUUUUCUAUGGACGUCCCUGGUGUUUUAGCCAAGUACCCAGAUAUAUUUGCUGUGUUGCUGAUUGUGCUGCUUACAGGUGUUUUGGCAUUUGGUGUGAAUGAGUCCGCCACUGUCACGAAGAUUUUCACUUUGAUAAACCUGCUGGUGCUUUCUUUUGUCAUCCUUUCUGGUUUUGUGAAAGGAGAUAUCAAGAAGUGGAAAUUGACCAAGGAGGACUAUUGGGACAGCCUGGCCAACCAUUCCUGCUCGAACAUCAGUUAUAGCUGUGGUGAUUUGGGUGCUGGUGGUUUUGCACCUUUUGGAUUCCAAGGGAUUCUAACAGGAGCUGCAACCUGCUUCUAUGCCUUUGUGGGAUUUGACUGCAUUGCUACAACAGGAGAGGAAGCCAAAACCCCACAGCGCUCCAUUCCCAUUGGUAUAAUUGUGUCAUUGUUGAUUUGCUUCUUGGCAUAUUUUGGUGUCUCUGCUGCUCUGACCCUCAUGAUGCCGUAUUAUUUGCUAAACAAAGAAAGUCCCCUUCCUGAGGCAUUCAAUUAUGUUGGCUGGAAUCCUGCUCGAUAUGUGGUGGCAGUGGGGUCUCUGUGUGCUCUCACAACAAGCUUGCUAGGGUCAAUGUUCCCCAUGCCACGUGUGAUAUAUGCCAUGGCUGAAGAUGGACUUCUUUUCCGGAUAUUGUCUAACGUUAAUAAGAAAACAAAAACUCCACUGAUUGCAACUAUUGUUUCAGGUGCUGUGGCAGGUCUGAUGGCUUUCCUGUUUGAUCUGCAGGCGCUUGUUGAUUUAAUGUCAAUUGGGACCCUCCUGUCUUAUACCUUGGUGGCAGUUUGUGUGCUGAUUCUCAGAUUUCAGCCUGACCAAACAGCUUCAGAAAAUAUCAGACCAGAACUAGAAGAUGCUGACAGAGUUCCUUUGAGAGGCACUGGGGAUGCUAGUAAGAAUAAGAAGGACGUUAUUCAGUUCACUGUAAGAUCUGCACUUUUUCCACCCAGUGACACACCAACUGCAGCUUCAGGACAGUUAGUCUACUUCUGUGUGGCUGUCAUCUGUAUUUUAAUCACAGUUCUGUGCAUUGUGUUAGCCACAUGUUACAAAUCAAUUGUAAAUGGCGAUAUUGGAAGUGUUUUUGCGACAUUAUUUCUUCUUGCACUGACUGUGUGUUUUACUGCUGUAAUCUGGAGGCAGCCAGAAAGCAAAGCACCUCUCAGCUUCAAGGUUCCAUUGCUACCUGUUCUGCCACUCCUAAGUGUUUUUGUGAACACUUACCUGAUGAUGCAGCUAGAUCGUGGUACCUGGGCCCGAUUUGGAAUCUGGAUGGUAAUAGGAUUCUUGAUCUACUUCCUUUAUGGAAUGUGGCACAGCUUUGAGAGUCAGCAUUCCAGAAACAAGGACGCUACCCUCAGGCCUGAAACCCUUGUUAGUCAUGAACUAGAACUAACAGAUUUGGAACCUUCAUCUACAUGAAAUGGGGGAAAAAGUUGGCUAACAUAUUCUAAAAUGACAUGUUUACAUGCAACCAGUGUUAUUGCAAUGUAUUUUGUUAACUGUAAUGAGAGCAUACAAAAUGAUGCCGAAGUUAGUGCAAUCUGUAGGUAAUUCAAGUUGCAGAAUCUGCUAAAUGUUAAAGGUUACAGAAUAUUAAGGUAGGUAUAAAAGUAUGAUGCAAGUCCAUUGACUACCCAAUGAUCCAUAUUUGGGCCCAGAAGUUUAACAAAUGAAAAUGCUAUUUCAUUCUACUCCAUCUACAUGAGGAGUUCAUCAACUUGAUGCAUUAGUACAAUACAUUUUGCCAGUGGAUAAUUUUCCUGACAACAUACAGUAGACAUAAACAUUCUUCCUUAUGGAGCAGACUUGGUAUGCCAUAGACUGGUAUAUCAAAGGCCUUUCUGAUUUACAAAAGAAGUAAAAUCGGAUAAGACAUUGUACUGUGUCUUACCACACAGUAUAUGCAUUUGCACUCCAUGCAUGGAAUACAUAUGUAAAUCACAUCAAAAUUCACAAAACAAUUUGUGGCAAGGUACUAGCUAGUUCCAAUGGGGAAACUAAAACUAAAAAUAAAUCUAACUAUAUACAUUUUGAAGGUACUGUGGUGGAGAGUGCAGCAACCCCCCUUGUACUGUGAUGCUUAGAAUAUAUAGCUGAGUAACAUAGCACAGUAUAUUAAAAGAGAGAGAAUUCUGCUGCAUGGGAGGAAAAUCUCCACCAGCAAUAUCAUUCCACAAAGUGCAAGCAAACCUGCUUCCACAACCUAACUAAUCCCAGUCCUACACAUUGAUGUUAACAAGCUGCCGCCAGUGGGAACUCACAGUACAAGAUUCUCUCAUUAACAUAAUGGGGUGGAGAACCCCUGUCCACUGUCAUAACUAGGGACUGGAACUUCAUUAUGAGUCACUGCCAGACGUGAUGCUGGGUCACAGAGCAGCAGGGGCACCCAGUUCAGUGAGGUAUACUAUACCUUACUAGGUAGCUAUAUGUAGCAUUACCUUAAGGUAUAAAGUAGCUUACUGAGCUGUCUGCUACUGCUGUGCCAUGUGGUGCUGUCAUGCUAAAUAGUGUUUCCCUGCAUCCAAGGCACACAAGAGCCUAGUACACAGGGGGCAUACAAGGUACAGCUGUAUCCAGUUUUAAGAAAAUGUGACAGCCUUUGUAUGCCGCCAUGGAGUGUCCCAUUUCUUGAUCAUUAAUCUGGAUAGUCCAUGGCAGCAUACAGAACAGAGUCUGAAAGAUACCUGUAUGCAUCUGCACACUGUUACUGUGAAUUGCCAGAAUUAUUUGCACAUAAAAAGUGUCCGUUUCCAUCAAAAUAUAACUGUUUUUGUAAAUGGUUAGUGCUGUAUUUUAGAAAAAAAGAUUCACACUGCACAAAACUUACACAUACAACUGUAAGCCACAUAAGAAAGAAAUAACACGGUACACAGCUACUUCAGAAGUUUGCCAGGGAAUGUUACUACUGAUAAAAUCCCAAGGUUUUUUUUCCCUUAACUGCAUUCUUGCCUUAAAGGCUGUGAUGUUUUUUGUAAAUCACUUGAGAAAUGGAGUCUUGUGUAGUUUCUAAAUUUGACUGUUACAUGACUUAUUCUUGUUUUUGUAAUGCACUUUAGUAGUUUUGUUGUACUUCUGUCUAAUGUUGCAGUUUUUGUAUGACAUGACACAGUAUUUAGCACUUGUCCCUGGAAAAUACUAUGCUGUAAAAAAAAAAGGGGGGGGUGGGGCAAAGUACAGAUGUGGUAUGUCUUUUAUAUCCUAAAGCGUUUACACUACUAUCUCAUCUUUGUGGACUUUGUUAUUCUUUCUUCACAGUAGUAUCACAAAAAUGAGUAUGGGCUGCUAUUAGAAGUUGUAAGGAUAAUUAUUUAUUGGAAAACUUUGGAAAAGCAAAAUUGCAAAAACUGAAUAAUCUUUUGGGUUGAACUGUUGAUGCAUUAUUAUGGCAUCUCGCUCUAACUCUGGUAGAAAAUAAGCCAAAAAUCAUUUGGAAAGUAUAAAAUGUCUUUAAGAUCACUAAUCCUAUCUUGCAGAUAGGAUGAUUGAUUUUUCAGUGCAUGGCUGGCUCCCAGGAGAGGAUUGAGGAGUUCAGUGGAGACAGUGCUGCAAAAGCCACAAACCCAGCAUAUGUGGAACAUAUGCAACAGUGCGUUUCUCUUAUAUCAUGUCUUGUUUGGAGAUGAAAGAGAAGAGCUUUUAAGGGGCAGGAUCUCCAGUGCUGAAAAGUGCCAGAGAGACUGGGAGAUUUGUGGCUGGAUAGAUGAAAGUCUGUGUUCAGUACUUGACAGAAAGUAAAACAGAACUUGUAACAGUCACUUUGCCGUCUUUUCAGUGAUAUUAGCAAUGUGAGUAUGUUGUUUGUGUGAAGUUAAUGGUGUCAGUAUAGGCCAUUUCUUAGAAUCCAUCUUUAUUGAGAAAUACUAGAUCUGUAGUAGCCACAGAUAAAGCCUAGGACCAGCGAUAAUGGGCCUUUCUCUGAAGAUGAUGUGGCAGGGUACACAUAACAAGUUUACAUAAAAACACUUUGUGUUGCUUUGACUCAUUUUAACUUCUGCAAAGUUUUGCUUUACAAAUGGUACACUGGCUCGUUCAUUUAGUUAUCAGGCUGUUUCAUGCACCAAUCACAAGAAAAGCAUACAUCUACUCAACAAGUUUUAGAUGACUAGUCAUCUGUAGGCCUCUGUACAACUGCAUCCAUGUCCAUCCCACCCUGUCUACUUCAUUCCUCUUAACUCCACUUUCACCCUAACAUUCUCUCGUAGGAACCUUUCUGUAGCUUCCUUUUCUCCGUGAUAUGUUGUAUUCAGGCAAAUAUUGCCAAAAGCAAAGACUACAGGUCUCUGUCACUCCAUUUUACAGAUUUUCUACUAUAUGUAAACAUACAGGAAUUCACCUCUUAUUGUCAUUUUGAGUGUUAUGAAUCUUGUAAACUUGGGUGAUGGCAGUGUCAUCUCUGAAUGUUGUAUAGUGCUGUAAUACCUUUGUUUUUGUCAUACUCAUUGUUUCUCUGUAUUUAUUGUUCCAGGCAGAGCCUGGAAUUGGGCCUGUUGGACAAGUGCUUUACCCUGGUGAACAAAUUUAAAUAAAUGAAUAACUCUGUUAUAACAGUAGACUUGUGUAUAAUAAUGUGUAAUAUGAUUGUUCUGUUGUACACUAUUAUGGUUAUUAUUUCCUGGGGUCACCAAUGAAAAUGAGUUACAAACCAGCUAAAUAAUACAAAACAAGAGUAAUACAAACAAAAAUAAACAAUACAUUAGAAUUAUUUUUAAGUUACAACAGAGUAAAUAUUUUCAGUUGUUUUUUUACCUAAACAUAUGUUUCAAAGAAAUGUAUUUUACCUAUAAAUGUGUUUUAAAGAAAUGUGUAUUUUAAUUAAUUCAACAUGCUUUUAUACAAAUAAAAGUUAGAAACAAACUUUA